UUCAGUAAAUGGAAUUGGUUGCCUUCCACAGAUGAGCUUCAGUGUCCGGUCAGGGAUUGCUUUGUUACUUCCAAUCGUUCUUUCGUAAAGAAAAGCUCCUCGGUGAUACUGCAUUGGCGGGAUAUUAAUCCACAUGAUUUGCCAAACUGCAGACCUCCGACACAGAAUGGAAAAUGUCCGCUGUUGGUUCUGUUCAAUAAAGAAGCCCCACCAAACACGCCGAAAGAAACAAUUUUCCCGAUGAGAGAGAAAAUUCAUUGGACUGUAACCUACAGAAGGGAUUCAGACAUAUCUUCUCCGUAUGGGACCAUUGUGGAAAGAACGAAUGUUUAUAAACCUCCAGAAAUUAAUCCCAACCGCAAUCUGGUAUGCUGGCUAGUGAGCAACUGCAAAACACCAAGUCAAAGAGAAAUCUACGUCAGAGAACUUACAAAGUAUGUUAAAGUGGAUAUUUAUGGAAAAUGCAGUAAGAAGGUGUGUCCAAUGCAAAAAGUUAUAGAUUGCUAUAAGUGGUUAUCGAAAAAAUGCAAAUUUUAUCUGUCUUUCGAAAACUCGAUCUGCGAAGAUUACAUCACAGAGAAACUGUUCUAUGCAUUAUUGACAGACAUGGUUCCUAUUGUUAGGGGAGGUGCGAAUUAUUCUGAAUUGUUGCCUUCUCAUUCCUUCAUCGAUGUAAAAGAAUUUUCUACUCCAAAAGAUCUUGCCGAAAGGUUAAUUAUUCUCAAUAAUGACGAAGAACAAUAUAUGUCAUAUUUCCGAUGGAAGGAACACUAUGAGGUAAAGAAUGUUUCAUACAUAUGGCUGUGCGAACUUUGUGAAAAAUUACACAGUAUUUCAGAUAAAUAUAUUGAGCCUAACAAAGAAAUAUCUUCGUGGUGGUUUAGCAAAUCCAGUUGCAUGUACAAAUUGCAAAGUGAUUCUGUGCUUUCUUGAUGUCAUUUGGUACUUCCAAAAUGUAAUUUUGUUAUUUCAGUAAUAUUUAAAAUUUUAUUUUUUUUUGGAUGUCAUAAAGACUAUGAAUGCGAAAAAACAUCAAAAUUUAUUUGUUCAUCAUUGUAUAUCCAAUUAUAUGCAUUUGUGAACGUAAUUUUCUAUUUCAGUAAUGUUAUUUCAACUGCUUACGUACACGUGUCUAAUAUUUAAGACUAAGCUCCAAAACUACACCCACAGGAUCCUGUGAAAUAACUUGUUGUGAUCUACAUAGUUAAAAAAAUAUCAGGGUAGUAGAAACCAACUACAUCUUUUGGCAGAAACGUUUCAGGACGAAGAUAGCAAAACAUAGAACAUUGCAUUUACCAAAUAAUGAUCCUAGCUGCUAUCAAAGUUGUUCCCUUGGCUGCAUAUACACAGCUGCCAACGUAUCUGGAGGUCACGGAAGCAAGCAGGGAAAUCUUCAACUGCGAUGCUUACAAACUCAUUUGUCACAGCCCGUUGAAUGUCUCCAAUAAUCUUCAUGAAGCUUUCCUUUCAGUCACCUUUUCACCCACGGAAAUAAGAAAAAAUCACAAUAAUAUUUGACACAAAUGUGGGAUUAGCUCUGGCUCUAUCCAAUAGUUUAGCAGAAAUUCUUCGUCUUUCCUCUUUCUGUUCAUCUGUUAGUGAGUGAGGGAUGAUUCAUGCAUUAAGUUUCCGUUUUCCUAAAUCUUCGCGUAAAGUCUUAUGACACACAUCACGAUUAAAAUUCAGUUCUUCUGAUAUCAUACGCACAGUGACACGAUAGUCUUCUUGCAAUAAGUGCCUUACACGCUCCACGUUUGCAUCGGUAUGUGCUAUAGACGGGAGACCAGCUCUGGGAUCGUCUCGCACUGAAUCUGUGCCUUCACGAAACCUUUUGUGCCACUCUAAAACACCACUUCUUGAAAGUGCCUCUCCUGCAUUUGUUUGUUUAAUCAUAUUCCACGUUUCACUGCGAGUUUUCCCAAGCUUAACGCAGAACUUAAUGUUCACUCUUUGCUCGCAAUCAGCAUUCACUGUGUCACUUUAACGAAUGCGACAACAAUCAGAACAGUGUUGCUAGGCACAGCCCUGCCACCUAGUUAAGUUUGCGUGGAAGUAAAACUAUCCUGGAACUUUUCUGACAAAGGAUGUACUAAACCAAUUUCCAUUGCAUUUAGGGGUUCUUAUUAGCUCGAAAGCAAAUGGAAAGGAAGUUAACACUACUGAACUAGUUGUAUUACUAUUGAAUUAACGCUACUGACCAUCUACUAGAAAUUUUAAUUGGUAAAGAAUAAAUCUUAAAGCGGGAAAUUUUCGUUAUUUGCAAGUUUUCAUCCUUGAACAAGGCCUCAAAAUAUAUAUAUAUCAGUAAAGUUCUGGAACCUCACUUGUCGUCUUAAAGCUUAGGGUGGAAUAUCGACAUCUGGAAAGUAUUCCAGGUGAUUUACACCAGGCUUGUUUGUUUCUACGAUUGUACGAGAAUGAUGUUUAGUGUAAACAACUAAAGACAGUCGACUUUAUAUUGAUAGCUGGUUGGCAUAUAUUCUGCUUUGUCCUACAUGGACAAGAAUAAUCCUCCAAACUGUGACUUACAUGUGAGUAAUACAGGCCUAUGGGCUAGGAUACCGAUUGUGUGUGUGGUACUAAUCCAAGAGAGCACGGUAGGAAGUAUUUGAACAGGUAUGAAGUCCACCGACAUAGCAGUAAGACGAUGUAGCAGUGGGCCAAUGUCCGAUGAGAAUCAAUUCAAUCUGCAGUAAGAUUACAGAAGUGAAUUCAACUGGCACGAAAGAAAUAAAGCUGGAGAAUGGCAAUGGCGUCUGAAUGACGGCAUGGUGUGGCAUCGUGGUUGUUAGAGGUACUGAAUUAGAGAUAUUGGCAAUAGUUGUCUAACGAUCAAUAAUUAUUGUAGGCAAGUUACUGAAUGCCAUGGUUCAUUUGUUCUGUUGUGCCAUCAGUGAAGUAUUUUUUCUUGGCCAUACUGCCCCGUUACAUCGAGCCAGAGCAGUAUAGAAUCUCAGUCUCUUGGAGAGUGAGGAAAUUCGUAAGAUUGGUUGGCAUGUAUGAUUUCCAGACUUCAAUCCCAGCUCGCAAUUUUUUGCGAAAAGUAAGCAAGGCCUGAUACUCACUCCAAAUGGAACAAGCUGCUCUAGAAACAUUAAUUAUUAGGUAAUGAGUGUGAUACCUCUUUGUGAUUGCUACAUCACAUUUCUUUGUGUAUAGUUCUUACUGAGAAGUUAAAUUUCCUGGGCACAAGCACUUAUCAUUCCUCCUUCACAUUUGCUACAUUACUAUGUGCAAUGCUUUCACAACUGUCUUGGUCUUUUUGAAGGAAAAGGUAUUUUCUCCGUCCUUUCUGCAUGCCUUCGUGGUGCAACGGUAGCACACUCGGCGCGUAUUCGAGAGGUCCAUGCUCGAGCGAGGGCAUUACUAUUUUUUCGUAAUUCCUACUUCAAAAUUCCUAAUGACUCUACAAGCUUGUCAAGUCGGUCGCCAUCCAUUUAAAAAUUUACUAAGUACGUAAAAUUAUCAUUCAUUUUUAAGAUCUGGACAUGCUUACACUAAUGUUAAUGAAUUAGAAUUCUAAAAGUAAAUUAAAAGUUGCUUAUAUUUGAGACCUAUUUAAUGGGGACUAUUGCAAUGUAUUCUUAGCAUUCUCUUUAAACGAAAGUCAAUUUAAAUAAUACAAUAGUUUAAAAAUCAGAGUGAUAUAAACAGACAUUUUCUAUUUUACCGUUUUAUGAAUCUGUUAGAAAGCAAAUUUUUAAAAUCAAAUUACAGCAUUCUAUAUUAUCUCAACACAUUAAAGUGUCGUCUGAAGUUCGGAAGCAUCAGCGAAGAGAAACUGAGGACCGAUGGAAAACGGCAAGUUGGCUGAAUUAAGGUAAUUGUAUAAAUGUAUUAUUUAAUGUUUAGUUUAUAAGAAAAAAUGUGGAUCUCUCAGAAAUCUGCUAAAUGAUCAAUAUAUGAGAUGCAUUAAAUGUAAUAUCUUAUGAAAUUUUCAUUUGUAAUUUUCAUUUGAAACCAUCCUUACUUUCUCUAUGAAUGUGAAUAAAUGUUCAUUAUUAAAUAUUUCGUAAGCUAUCAUUUGUUUUCUCCAUAAAGAAAAAAAAAAAGAAAGAAACAGAUAAAGUGAAUUAAAACGCAAGCUAUUUAUUUCAACUCCUCAAAUUCUGACAUUAAAAUUAAAAAGCUAAUUUUUAACAGAAAUUUUUCUUGAGUACUUAAACUCAUAGACUGAGCAAUACUAUAAGAGUUGGUGGAUGUCUAAAGGCUUCAGUCUUCUUUCGAGUCGCCAGUUUAGCACAUGUACAUGGGAUGUACAUAUGAUUUUCGCCAACAACGUAGCAGAAAAAUCUUCGCUUUCUAAAACGUU